ACAUCCCUAGCCCCGCCAUGAUGACGCUCCCUAUUUGCUCGCCUGGAAUCUAGAGAAGAAUGUUGGAAUCAAACCUUGGCUAUUGCUGGUUUAUAUUGGCACUGUUAAACGUGUCUUCCCCUCUUUCCUGUGCUCUACCCCGCACCACAUCGGCCAUAUUUCUUCGAGAUGUAGUCUCCUUCAGCUCACGGCACACUCUCAGUACUCGACCUGAUAACGACGCCGGAAUAGAGUACUACAAAGGUGCCACAAUAUAUUCGUUUCGAAAUGCCCGUUGAUGUAGCUUCUCAGACUGCCGAUGCCAGCAUCGCCAGCAGUCAACCUGGUCUCGACAAUGGACCGACAAUGAGAGCCCUGGUUUAUACAGGACCCAGCAAGCUCGAAGUCUUGGAUCGGCCAAGGCCAGUCAUACAAUCUCCCACAGAUGCAAUUGUCAAGAUGCUCCACAGCACAAUCUGCGGCACAGACCUACACAUCCUGAAAGGCGACGUGCCAGCAAUUCCAUACGAUCGAGUCCUGGGCCAUGAAGGCGUGGGUACAGUUGUAUCCGUUGGAUCUGCGAUCAAUGACCUUUCGGUCGGCGACAAUGUCGUAAUUGCCGCUAUCACAGCGUGUAAAGUUUGUACAUCUUGUCGCAAGGGACUGGAAGCACAUUGUGUAACUGGCGGCUGGCAACUGGGAAAUAAGAUCGAUGGAACCCAGGCAGAAUACGUGCGCAUUCCACACGCAACGUCUUCCUUGUACAAGAUUCCCGAUGGCCUUGACCUUAGGGCCUGUGCUGCUAUCUCAGAUGCACUGCCGACAGGACUGGAAUGCGGAACAGUGAGCGCUCAUGUGCAACCGGGCAGUACUGUUGCGAUUAUCGGUGCUGGUCCUGUGGGUCUGGCUGCUAUGCUCACUGCUAGAUUAUACACGCCUUCUCGGAUCGUUAUGAUCGACUUGGACAAUACCAGGUUGGAACAUGCGAAGAGACUCGGCGCUGAUCAUGCCGUUAACUCAGGAAACCCGGAUGCGAUGGAUACACUGAACACACUCACAGAAGGGCAAGGCUUUGACUGUGUUAUUGAAGCCGUCGGGAUCCCGAAGACCUUCGAAAUGUGUCAGAAAUUAGUCGCACCAGGGGGUUCCAUUGCUAAUGUUGGUGUUCAUGGGCACCCUGUCAAUUUGGAUAUGCACAAACUUUGGGAUCGCAAUAUCAGCAUCAAGAUGCAGUUGCUGAACGGUGUCAGUAUCCCAACCCUCCUGCGACUGUAUCAAUCUGGCCAUAUAAAACCUUCUAGCCUAUUUACUCAUCACUAUCCCUUUUCGGAGGUCCACAAGGCAUAUCACAGCUUCCAAAUGGCAUCUCAGGAAGGUGCUUUGAAGGUUGCGAUUGACUUCUAGCUCCGUUUCAGGUUUUGCCGUUGAUGGAGAGUGUGGCCAUGACCAGCUUGACUCAAUGACGUUUGAUAAGCUAUCCUUUGGUCCGUGCACGUGAUACAUGCCUCGGUUUCUAUUCCCCAACGUUUCAACAAGCUGAGUCGUAGCUGAAAUGUGUACUCCGUAAUCGUGGACUUUAAAGUGCUUUAAACCCGUGAGCUGGCUAGUUGCACGAGUUGGACUUGGAUUUUGUCGCGGGGACGCUUGUACCACUGCACCGGAACGAAUCCUCGGCCUUAGUGAUCGAUUUAUACCCACCCCUGCUCUCCUUUUUUUUUCUAUACAUCCCGGCAUCACAUAUACAAAGGUUCAA